AUCGAGUCUGUUCACGCGCAGGCAGCUGAGGCGCUCCGUCUCUGUUUGCGUAUGUUUAUCAAUUACUGUACUAAAAAAAACUGUAUAAAUAUCGAAUUUUUCCGUUUUUACUGAAGACUUACAUUAGCAUUUUGUGGAAGUAUUUAAUCGGUUUAUCGACAAACAAGUUUGGACUGAUGUUGGACACGGUGUAUCGCCGCGUAACGGGACUAACGUUAGAAAUGAACGCCGAAAUGUCUCUCAGAAGAGUGUUUCCAAGUUGUAAGUGUGUAUUUUUGGGGGGGUUUGUUCGUUUUUAAAGGUUCAAGUUUGUGUUUUUACUUCGAAGCAAGAGUGUCUGCUUGGUUUCGGAGACAUUGGAGAAGCUCUCCGUGCCACUUGACCCCGUUUUCCAGAAACGAAGACGCACCGGAGAGGACACCAUUACACCUGAAGCACGCUUGACGUGCUGUGCCAAUUUAAUUCAGAGCUAUUUAAAAGUUCCACUGAACUAACAACACUCUCUCGAGGAUGGUUUGGUUUCGGAGAAAACACGAUGCAUUCCAUCUGGAAACUUCUCUGCGGUAAGUCUCGUGUGUCAUACGUGUAUAUGGAAAGCGUGUUAAAGCUGCUCGACUCGAUCAGCAUGAAGAGUGACAUCCAAGACUGGCGACGCCACGCGCCGCUCCGGAGCGCCCGGUAGCUGCGGCGUGUCGGUUCUGCGUUUGCGUGCGCGCGACUGGUUGCUGAGGGGGGCAGAGGUUAGGCGAGCGAGAGAAUGAGCGCGGACCUGGAGCGCGUGUCGCUGAGCUCCUCGUCUGCGGGCUCGUUGGCGUCCAGCGCGCGCUCGCUCUCCGCCAACGUGCGCAAGCUGCACGAUGCGCUCAACCUGCUGCUCAGCGAGCUGGAGCGCGAGCAGUUCGUGCACUGCCUCAACGUGUACCACGCGAAGAGGAACGUCUACGACCUGGUCCAGACGCUUAAAGUGAUCCUCGACGCGCCGAGCAAGCGGCAGCUGCUCCCCAUGCUGCGCCUGGUCAUCCCGCGCUCCGAUCAGCUCCUGUUUGAUCGCUACACCUCCGAGGGACUCUAUUUAAAGUCGGAUUUGCUGGCUAGUAGGAACGGGGAGCACGAGAGCACCGCCUCCAGCGCUGCUCAUACCGCUUCGCUCCCGCGUUUACCCCUGCGCGGAUCCCCUGAUCACCAGAGCACCAGCAGCGACGGGACAUCAACUGCGCUCGUGCCGCUCCUGGGCAGACAUUUCCUACCUGAACCCCCGGGUGAGGUCAGACAGGUGACCCUGAAGCGCCACAAAAGCAACGAGGGUUUAGGUUUCAGCAUCCGUGGCGGAUCCGAGCAUGGGGUCGGGAUCUUUGUGUCUCUGGUGGAGCCGGGAUCCAUGGCCGAGAAAGAGGGGCUGAGAGUCGGCGAUCAGAUCCUCAAAGUGAACGAUAAAGUGUUUGACAGGUUCACGCAUGCUGAGGCGGUGAAGGUGCUGAAGGGCAGUAAGAAGCUGUGCAUGUCCGUGCGCUCCAUGGGCCGCAUCCCAGGCGGUUAUGUCACAAAUCACGUGUACACGUGGGUGGACCCUCAGGGCCGCAGUGUGUCUCCUCCUCCAGACUUGCUGGAGCACCGCAGCGCUACCCUGAACAGAAACCAGGGCAAGCAGCGCAGCCACAUGCAGCUGCUGCAGGAUGGAGACGAGAAGAAGGUGAAUCUGGUGCUGGAUGACGGACGUUCUCUGGGUCUAAUGAUCCGCGGUGGAGCAGAAUACGCUCUGGGGAUCUACAUCACCGGAGUGGACAGAGGUUCUGCAGCAGAGUGUGGAGGGCUGAAGGUGGGCGAUCAGAUCUUGGAGGUGAACGGGCGGAGCUUCCUGAGCAUUCCUCACGACGAGGCAGUGCGCAUGCUCAAGUCUUCACGCCACCUCAUGAUGACUGUGAAGGAUGUGGGACGGCUGCCACACGCCCGCACCGUGGUGGGAGAGACCAAGUGGAUCGCUAGUUCCCAGAUCACAGACAGCUCGGCCAGCAGCAGUGUAGCAGGUCUUUCUCUGGAUCAAGGGGCUUCAGCCUCAGGAAAGAUGGGUUUUUAUAAAGGAGUAGCCGGGUCUCAGGUGACUCUCUCCAGUCUGGUGAACCAGAGUAGGGCCAUGCUGGACGAACAGGCCAGACACCUUUUGACUGAGCCUGAGAGACAGACUAUGAACUACUACAUCCAGGAAUAUCGCAACGGACACGUUGGAGUCGAACAACUGGUCAUGGCCCUCUUCGAGCUUCUCAACACGCAUGCCAAGUUCUCACUGCUGUCUGAGAUGCGGGGGCUGAUCAGUGCACAGGAUCUGGAGCAUUUUGAUGCACUGGUGCUCCGCAGGGAGAUUGAAGCUCUGAAGGCUCGACAGGGAGCAGCAGGAGGAGCAGCACUUCACACAGACUCCUUCUCAAUGGUGUCCUACCCUGACACACUGGCCUCCUCCUCAGGCAGCUACGUUACCAGUACCACACUCAGCUCCGCACGGAAUGACAGCACUGUGGAGACUAAUGGAGAAGACGCCCAGGAGAGUAGAAACGCCCUUCCUGACGUCUCUCUGGAUGAGAUGGGGUCAACCUCAGAAUCCCCACCUUCCUUCAAGCCCCCUCCUCCCCCUCGCGUACAGCGCCGCCCUAGUCGUAAACCCGCCCCCAGCAAACGCCCCACGUCUGACUCCUCUAACUCUGACCUGCACUUCGCCGCCCCUUCCCACUCACCUUCCAAAGACAACACGCAAUCCAAACAGCCUUCCGAUGACCCAAAGAAAGAGCCUCCAUUGGCUCAGCUCUCCAUGGUGAGUCAGCACUUGAUCGGUCCUUUCCCACGCGUUCAGUCCCCCAACAGGUUGAAACCCCCUCCAGCACCAGCAGUUCCAGCUCCCCCUGCUCCUCCUCCACCCCCAAGUCCAGAAAAACCCAAAACUGCUCCCUCCUCUCCAUCCUCCAACCAGCACUUUGUCAUGGUGGAGGUACACAGGCCCAACGCAGAGCCUGACGUCAACGAGGUCAGACCACUUCCUCAAAGCAGAGGGUCCACUCUGUCUCAGCUCUCUGACAGCGGACAGACGCUGAGCGAGGACAGCGGCGUGGACAUCGCAGAGUCGGGGCGCAUGAGCAAGGAGAGCAGUCCACGUCCUGCCCGAACUCAGCCACUGAGAGAGAGUGCAGGGGGAGGGGAGGGGAGCACCGUUAAACCGCCCGGCCUGCUUGAGCCCAUGUCAACUCUGGUGCGGGUGCCGAAGAGCGCCAACACGCUGGGUAUCGCCAUUGAAGGAGGAGCCAAUACACGCCAGCCUCUCCCACGCAUCGUCACCAUACAAAGAGGAGGCUCAGCUCAUAACUGCGGGCAGCUGAAGGUGGGCCAAGUGAUUCUGGAGGUGAACGGGAUCUCUCUGAGAGGACGAGAGCAUCGAGAAGCAGCCUGCCUCAUCGCCGAGGCGUUCAAGACCAAAGAGAAGGACUACAUUGACUUCCUCAUUACGGAGUUCAACGUGGCGUUGUAAGACCUCUCAGGCGUUAAGGAGGACGAGAACUUAAAAACUCUUUUUGGCAUGAAGCCACCACUAGUCUCCAGCAAGUAGAUCUUCUUUUAUCAGAUAUUGUCUGAAGGCAGACACAUUCUCAGUGUAGAAACUGUAUAAAGCCACCUGGUGAACCCCAGCUUUAUCCUUCUGAACAUGGCAAACUGGUACAAGGCACUGCUCAGUAUGAUCACAACCACAUCGGAUAUUGGAUGAUAUCUGUCUUUACUCAAGUCCUUUUUUUACACAGGUCCCCUAGUCCCUUGUCAUAAAACAAAUUUUAUUCCGUGUCUAUGUCACAACUUUCAGCUCAUUCCCCAUGUUGGAAUUUGCUUCUUUAACCAAUGUAUUUCAUUCACCUCAGAUUUCUAUAAUUAUAUAUAUAAAAAUUGAUGCACCUUCGUCUAUAUUUUCAUGAUCAUGAUGCAAACCCUAAAUGCUGGCAUUAUACAUGUUAAUGAAUAUUCAGGACUAUCUGCACAGGCAGUAAUUUGAAUCGAUGUAUUCUCGACACAUGCGCUUAGACAUCCAUUCAAAUCAGCCCCUUUUAUUUCCUUUAAAAGCCAUAUGGCUCAGGACGAAGAGAUUUUCACAAUCAAAUACAGUUAUAUUUCACAAAAAAAAUGAUUCACGUCGGUAUUUAGUAGUAGACACGACUGUCUGGAAGACAGAACUUAAAACAAAUGUGUCUCCUGUCUACUUGUACAGUUCUAUGGAUGUUCCUUCAUGUGUGUAAACCUCCAGGGCAUAGAGUUCUUGUAUCAGCUAAUCCAUCAUCAUCUUCAUGAUGGCGGUAAAUUUCAAGAAUCUAGUAUUUCUACUUGAUUUGUUUAAGGCAUUUGUAUGUUACUUAUUUGCAUAAUGACAGGGUAACAGUCGGAUUCACAUUAAGCAACAGAUGAGUAGUCUGUUAUUUGUGUCUGCCUAUAGCAUUUCUAUAUAUAUUUAUGUCUUGUGUGUUAAUCUUUAGUAUUUUUUUAUUUCCAUACACCUGGCUGUCCCUGAUCCUGAAAAUUCUGUAAGAGGCCAUUAUAUGAGACAGGCACAAAUUCAAGGGUCAGAACACAGACAGCAGGAAACUGGGAUAAAACAAGAGAAGUCAAAACCAGUAAGUAAUUUACGCAGAGCUAGAAAACAAGGCUUAAAUAUAGUGAGACGGAAAGACGUGGAAAAAGGAACAGGAUGGUAGACUAUUUAAAGGCUUUACUCAGAGCAGGUGCACAUAUUAGGUAUCAAAAAUCAAAAAGCACAUGGAACAAGACAUGAGGGCAGUACAGGAAACAUGCCAGGUGUUGACAAAGAGGAAUCUGUGUCAAAAAUGAUCAUCUUUGUACAUUAAUACUCUGCACAUCAGUGAGCAGGCACUGGUACUGCAUUAAGGUGUCUUUCCACCAAAAAGAGCGCUGAGGUUAGUGUUUUUAUACCAGAAUCUUUUUGUAAACAGGAAGUAAGGAUUAAUUACUUGUUCUAGUCCACCAGGCCUAUGAAUUAAAAAAUCCUAACCGCCCAGACAUGCAAUCUUUUGUCCAGAAUGCCUGGACUAGUGAUUUGUUUAACCCCUGGGUUGGGUGAAAUAGUCUAUUUAUAUUGUAGGGACACAUUAAUAGUGUACAUUCACAAUAUGUCUGAAGAAAUGGGACAGGAAUUUUUAUGCUUCACCGGACGUUAGAUAAAUACUGUUUAAACCACGUAGCUGCUGUAAGAAAGGUCCUAGGAUCUAACCUAACCUGCCGCAAAAAUUUAUAUCUGGACACAAAAAUAGCAAAUGGAUGAAAACAGGAAACAAGUAGUUCGUUCCUGUCUGAAUUAUAAAUACACCAGUGUUCAGCCACUAAAAUGCACAGACUCGAGAUCUCACAUGAGACACCUGCUCAUCUGUUGAGUUUCCUGUACGAGUUGCAGAAAAGAUGAUCUCAAAUUCACUCUUUGAUUGCUUGUAAAUUUUCUUUGUUUAUGCGUCUUGUAAUAAUUAUCCCUAAACUAUGACACUUAGGCACUAGGACAGAAUGUACUGUGCAUACCGUUACUGUUAUAGAGAUGUGACAGAGCAACAGAACAGAAAACUCUUCCCCAAAAACCCAGAAUCUGUAGCUCAGCAAAUUUUUCUCCAGAAAACUAGCGAUCCAGAGAAAAACUAAGAGGUGCUUCAUCUAAUUAUGAUAGUAGAAUCUGGAACAAAACAAGGUAAUCAAGCAGAGAAGAGAAGGGGAGAUGUGCAGCCAGUGUAACUAAUGAAAAGUUGCAGAGUGUGAGAAGAGAGAAGGAGACGUGCAGGGCUGAGUCUUGAUGUGUCACUCAGGUUACAUAAGCACGGAAGAGUGGGAGUGAGUUAGAGAGAAGGGAUUCUAGUCUGUUCUCGAUUCUAGUCUAUUCUCUCAGUGUGUGUGUGUGAAAGAGAGAAAGAGAGGGAGAGAGAGAGAGAGAGAGAGAGAAGAGGUAAGAAAGAUAAAAAGACGUAUUGCAAAAACAGCACGAGAAUUGUAAUUCCUGUGUGUGUGUGAAAGAGAAAGGGUUGGCAUGAAAGAGAAUUGUGAUCUCUUGCUUCGUGUAGGCGUUAUACUGUACACACACACACACACACACACGUUGAGCCACUCAGAUGUAAUGGCAUCUGCAGGUCCACUUUCCAUCCCGCAGUUUAAAUGCACUUACUACAAGUGCGCUAAUGAACUGUUUAUUACAUUUAAACAUAUGUAAUGUUAUAUCUCUAUUGACAGACUGAAUUAUUUACAUCACAACACCCUGAAAUCUUUUUAUUUAUGUUUCUUUGUCAACAGGUUUCAAUAGCGAUAUAUAUAUAUAUAUAUGUAUAUAUAGAGAGAGAGAGAGAGAGAGAGAGAGAUCAUGGACCAGAUCUGAAUAUAAAAAUAUAUUAGCUAAUAACUCGGUGAAUAAAUUGAAUAAAGAAUACCUUUUUUAAAAAAUCUAAUUCAUGUACACAUUAUUACUUUUCAUUUUAUUUAUUAUUUAUUUAUUUUUGUUUUGUUUUUCUGUAUUUGUUUGUCUUUUUUUUUACUUAAGAAAACAUGAGUCGGGAAUUUAUCUUUGAUGGGUUGCCAGUCAAUCAGUUUAUUUAUUUAUUUAUUUAUUUAUUCAUAAAUAAAUAAGUAAUUUUUCAUAUUUAACAUUUUGUCCAUCAUUAUAUUUAUUUGUUUUCUCUCUUUUUUCGUAGGUUUAUUUUCUGUCACUUGCCUACUGAUUUUUUCUUUCCUGUAUGUAUUUUCUAUAAAUUUUUUACUUCUUCAUUUAUUGCUCUCUUUUUUUGGAUGUUUAUUUGAUUGUUUGUGUGCUGCCAUAUAAUAAUAGUUCCCCCACAAUCAGAGACAAGAAUCAAAAUCGGAGAUGAUUACGGAUCUAAAAAGUGGUUAAAUAUGAUACUACUUACCACACUUAAAUAUAAAUGCCAUUUAAGUAUUAAAUAUUGGUAUUUAGAUAUUAUUAGGUAAUUAUUUUUGUCCAGUUUAGGCUACUUGCUGUUAUUGUUGACUGUCCUGAAAAGCACAAACAUUUAUGCAUGAAGUGGGCAAGGUUUAUUAUAUAAGAUAUUUAUUAUAUCUGUCUUAUUGGGCUGGGUGCAGAACGUCUCAUACAGAGAAUUUGACUGAAUGUUGGAUAUGUUGAGAUACAUGGACUUGUGCCAGAAUGGUGAUUUUUAACAUAUGAUGAUGCUGCUGGUUAGGAAACAUUCGUGAUUAAGAAUAUCUUAUCUCAAAGUAAAGAAUUUGUAGCUACACUGAUUAUAAAUGCUGUUCAUCAAGUGCUGGUUAGAUUAACAUGUAAAUGAAUGGGUAUUAUUUCCAAAUUCUUAGCACAACCCAAACAUCACCCAGCUUCACAUGCAUAGUUUUUGAACAUAGAUGUAAUACUAUGUCAUAUAACAUAGGAAACAAGUACAGAGUUUCAUAUAUUUUCAAAGUAAAAUGUUAUUAAUAUAGUCCAGGGCAUAAUACAGAGGGCAAACUACCAUGCAAACAGUCCAGAAAUCCAAUAUCCUCCGAUGAAUUUAUUUAAAAAUCUAAUAUCCACAAACAGCUUAGAAAUGCAGUACAGUAACAAAUGCAAGACCAUGGCAUGUGACAUGAUCUCUAGAUAUUUUAUGCUGUCCUUAAAUGAGGAAGCGAGUGAUCUCAGGUGUGCUAGGUGCACAGGAAGUGUGUGGGAAUUCAGGUAGUUGGUGUGGACGAGCCCGUGACUUAAUAACCGACACGUACAUGUGAGCUAUCGAUCCUGACCUCAAUCAACCACUAGGAGAAUGUGACAUAUUUAAUCAUAAAGCCUCACAGUAUCAUAAAAACUCCCAGGAUUAUAUGAUCAGGAAUAACAUUAUGAGCAUUGAGAGGUGAAGUGAAUAACACUGAUGAUCUCCUCAUCAUGGCAUCUGUUAGUGGGUGGGAUAUAUUAGGCAGCAAGUGAACAUUUUGUCCUCAAAGUUGAUGUGAUAGAAGCAGGAAAAAUGGGCAAGCGUAAGGAUUUGAGCGAGUUUGACAAGGGCCAAAUUGUGAUGGCUAGACGACUGGAUCAGAGCAUCUCCAAAACUGCAGCUCUUGUGGGAUGUUCCCGGUCUGCAGUGGUCAGUAUCUAUCAAAAGUGGUAAAAGGAAGGAACAGUGGUGAACCGGAGACAGGGUCAAGGGUGGCCAAGGCUCACUUAAGCACCUGGGGAGCGAAGGCUGGCCCGUGUGAUCCGAUCCAAAAGACGAGCUCCUGUUGCUCAAAUUGCUAAAGAAGUUAAUGCUGGUUCUGAUAGAAAGGUGUCAGAACACACAGUGCAUGAUGGGUCAGGGCUUUUUUUUAGCAGCAAAAGGGGAACCAACACAAUAUUAAGCAGGUGGUCAUAAUGUUAUGCCUGGUCAGUGUAUAUUCCUCACUCACCCUUGCACCUAGAUGUACAGUAUACUGAUUACUUAGUAGUUACAAAAUAAUGUCCUUUAAGAUGAAUAAGGGGUUAAUAUAUAUACGUUGAAUAAUUAUUAAUUUAUAAAGGUGAAUAGAGAUAUGAAUGAUUAAACAAGCAAACAUUUAUUCAUGAGAGAAAUACAUAAAUAAUAAACUGCAAGAAAAUAUAGAAAUGUAUUUAUUUGUAUAUUUUUAUAUUCGCUAUUAAUCGAUCCUGAAUAUUUUCAUAGUUUGUUUUUGUAUUUAUUGCGUCAUCUGUUUUGUUUUUGCUUUUUUUUUGCUUUUUGGUUCUGAUCUGGUCAUAUGCAUAGCCCAGACGUCGAAAUCCUCAUCAAUAUUCUUUUCAUAAUAAUCAGGCUAUUUUAAAUUCACUGCUGAGUAUGAUGAAAUAAGCGCUAGUCUUUUUCCUUCACUCGAAUCUUAUUCCCGAAUCGACCUGCCUGUCAGAUAUCCUCAAUGCAUUCAGGAAGUCACGCUGAGCUCAGUGUAUCCUCCUGAACACACAGUGCUGCUCAGUUUUCAAACACUAGUAUUACAGAGCAAAGCCUUUCUUCUCCAUGAGCACGGUCCAGGCAUGGGCAAACAGUCCAGCUGUGUGCACUGCACAUCUGGAGCCUCCACUUGUGGCUUUUGCACAGGUCCAAAGAGAUAAGAUGAAAGAAUAAUAACGCUGACCUCCCCACACGUACACACACACACACACACACACACACACACCCUCACUUACAUUUGAUUACAGUCCUGUUUGCUUUUUUCCUCUCAGUCUGAGUGCUCAUUCUACAAUUUAUUUGCUCUGUACACACCAAGGCAGGAACGUGAGAAUCUUUUGCAAGAGGUGUUUGUAUGUUUUGAGUAUGGUCAGGGAAUCUGGACGCAUCCUUACCCACUUUUUCCCUGUUUCUAUAUCCAUCCUCUGUAGUCUAGUUGCUUAGCAUACUGAUUUCUUCUCAGGUGAACCAUUUCAUUUAACUUACUAGACUAAUUCUGGAUCAUUUUGAAGCUGGAACAUUGGUUCGCAUUAAUAUGAUAGCAGUGCUAUGGAUAUGAAGCUGAAUUAGUCUAAAAAUGUGCAUCAAAUAUUAGUAUACUUAUCAAAUAUCAAUAUACAUUUCUAAUGCUGGCCAGGGUUAUAGUUCAAUCAUAAUCAAAUCAGUUGCUGAAAGCAGUAUUGGAGAGUUAAUUAGCCAGGGUUAUGAAUCAGUCAUGAGACUCAAUCAGAUGCUCAUAUGCUGUUAGAAAUGACUGACUGAAGUAUUCUUACUGCUAGCCUUUCUUCUGUUUUAUCUGGUCGACUUAUUUGUUUGACCUUUACUUGGAUGAUAUAUGUCACAUUAUGCAUUAAUCUAGAAUGUUACACCUUAAAGGGUUUGCACGAAAGCGUUGGUUGGUUGGUUGGUUGCGGAUUUGUUGUUCUUGUUUUUUAUUUCGCUGAUUCUCAAAGAAAUUCUACCCUUCUGAAAGUCUAACUAAUCCUGCCCUUUUUCUCUGAAACUUUGACCAAUCCCAACACACUCCCAGAGAAAUCCUGACUGAUCCUACCCAAUUCCUCACAAUGUUUGACCAAUCCUAACCCAUUCUCUGAAGAACCCUGCCCAAUCCUGACCCACUGCCACAGAAAUUCUGUGCAAUCCCAACCCACUCUCAAAGAAAUUCUGACUUAUCCUACCCAAUUUCUCACAUCAUCUGACCAAUCCUAUUCCAUUCUCUGAGGAACUCUGCCCAAUCCUGACCCACUGCCACCAAAAUUCUGACCAAUCCCAACCCACAAGAAAUUCUGACACACUUCCACAGAAUGUCAAACUGAUCCUGCACACUUCCACAAAACUCCUGACCAGCUCGCAAGGAUUUCUGACCAAUCCCACCUACUUCUGCAGAAAGUCUGACCAAUCUUACGCUUUUCCUCAGAAAGUCUGGCCUUUUCCUCAGAACAUUUGUCAAAUCCUAACCUACUCCCAAAGUAAAUCUGACCAAUCCCACCCACUUUCCCAGAACAUUUACCCAAUCCUAACCCACUCCCUGAGACAUUUUGACCAAUCCUAACCUACUUCUAUGUAGGAUUGAUCAGUCCCACCUUCCUAUCCCACAGUUAUUAUUUUGUUUGCCUCUGAGCACAGUAUUGUCUAACAAAUUUAGCUGAUUUGAAUCAGUGUCUUUAAUAAAAAGGAUAAAUCAGUUACUAAACAUGAAUGAAGGAAGGGUUAUUUCAGCACCCACAGCACUCCCACGUUCAUGCAAAUGGCCUUUCUUUGUUCCGACUGAUGCAUUCAGUGCUGGUCAGUGACAAGCCAGUAUGACAAAACCUACAUAACACUGACUGACAUGAAUCCAAUAAGCAUUAUGACUAGGUAUGAAAAAAUAUAGAAUUCAGCACUUUAGAUCAUUAUGAAACCUUCUGUGACUUUAAAAUGUAGUAAAGCUUUUUUUUAUGUUUAUGCGUUAGUGCCUUCUUUCAGCCAUCAUUGUUAUUCCUGAGUAAUUACGUAUUUGGACGAGUUUAUAGCAAUCCGGUGUUGGUGACAGCAGCUCUCAAGUAAUAAAUAUCUUCAUUCUAUGUUUUUUUUUUUUUUGUAUUUAUAUCUUACUGAUUCAUUAUGGCAGAUCAAAAAUCAUAACUGAACUGUUCUUGUUUUGUUUUGUUUUUUUUGUCAUUUUCUACCCUACUGUAUAACCUCCCUGUCAUGUUGCCUGCCUCUUGUACAGUUUAAUUAAAAAAAAAAAAUCAUUGUACACAUCCAUGCUAUU